GGGGAAAUUGGUACGCAUUUACAUUACAUAUAAGUACGUUGAUUUGCAAGUAAAAACCUAAAACACGUCGUGUUUAAGUGUUUUUUAAGAUUAAGAACGGAAAAGAAAGUGGAUUGUUUAAUCUAAACGUUUUAAUUCACAUAGAAAAUUCAGUCAGAAAAUGUAUCCGCAUAAUACACGCAUUCAUAAUGGCGUUUACGUUUGUUGCGGCUUGUUAUAUUUUAGCGCUUAUCUUGUCAGCUGUGCUGAUUUUCUUUGCGAUAUUUCAUAUAAUUGCUUUUGAUGAAUUGAAGACAGAUUAUAAAAAUCCUAUAGAUCAGUGUAACAGUUUAAAUCCGCUAGUGUUGCCGGAAUAUGUCCUACACAUUUUCUUCACAGUGCUGUUUGUUUUUGCCAUGCAAUUUACGACAGUCAUCCUGAACUUGCCGUUAAUUGUGUAUCACAUUAGAAGGUACCAGUGCCGUCCAGUCAUGAGCGCCCCAGGCCUGUAUGACCCCACUACAAUAAUGAACGCUGAUCAACUCAACAGAGCUAUGAGAGAGGGCUGGAUAAAACUGGCAUUCUAUCUCAUCUCUUUCUUCUAUUAUCUCUACAGUAUGAUCUAUGAAUUGGUGUCAUCGUAGAAUAUCCGAAUUGGCUUUGAAAAUGAAGUGGAACUACAACAAAUAGUACAAAUCUGUGUUAAUCCAUUUUUAGUGGACAUGAGCAUGUAGUGCUCAUUGUGAGGUAUUGUGAUCACUCUUUGUCUAGUAACCAGUGCUGUGUGUGGUUUGUCGUUCUUUGUCAACUUUUAUCACCUUACCACUAUAGAGGCCACAUUUUUGUCCAAUCUUGAUGAAACUUGGUCAAAAUGUUAAUAUCUAGGCUAAAUUGGAAUCUUGGUCAUGUGCAUCCAAAAUAUAGGUCACCUGGUCAAAUCUUAGAAAAACCUUGUUACCACUCUAGAGAUCACAUUUGUGACUCAAAUCUUGCUGGAAUUUUCUCAGAAUAUUUAUAUUAAUAAUAUCUACGUUGAGUUAUAAUCUGGGUCACAAGCAUCCAAAAACUUGGUCACUAGGUCAAAUCUUAGAAAACUCAUAUAACAACUCUAGAAGCUACUUACUCAAUCUUGAUAAAGCAGGGUUAAAUAUAUUUUGUAAAUACACGGGUGUGAUUUCUCCUCCUUUCAGCUGAAUUCCUCCCUUUCAAGGUCAAAGUUAGUUUUUGACUUUGGUGGUUCUAUGUACAAAUGAAGUAUUUAAUUGAACGCUUUAUAGGGGGUAGGGCAUUUUUCUCCCCUUCACACCCUAUGUUUAAAUGUGGGUCAAAAGUGGUCGAAAACAAGGAUACCAGGUCAAGUUUUUGACAUUUUGUGUACCUUGAACUUUGGUGAGUGGUUCAGGGUCAUCAUGACCCUCAUGUUUGUAGAAGAUAGCAACAGCUACUGCUAUGUUUUGAUUGGACAGUUGCAUAUGAAUACAUGUACUGUAGAACUGGUUUUAUUCCUGGGUGUGUAUUUUUCACUAGUAUUUGCAAUUUUUUUCUUUACGAAUUCUAAAAAUUCGAAUAUGUCUAUUGCAAAAUGUGUAUUAUAUUUAUCAGUUACAUGCUUUUCCUAUAAGUGUUUUAUAUUAUUGAUCUUGUUGUCUUUAGUGUUUUGUUAUUCAUUGAAGUUUGUGUCAUCAUGGUCUCCAAUAUAUAUGUAAUGUAUUGACUUACAGAGAGAGAGAGACAAGAGAAAUCACAUUUAGGAAACAUAUUUUAUUUAUGUUGAUGAAUGUGAUAAAUAAUAAACCAUGAAAACAAAUACUAUAACAAUGGUAUAAAAACAAAAAGUAGUAAAAAUACACUCCAGAUUGUAAAGCACACUCCACCUUCCUAAUAAUGACCGUAUUGACCCACCUGAAAUAUGUGUAUAAACAAUCUUAUGUUAAUUUGCAUGUUUUUCAUACUUUUAUAAAACACGAACUAUACUUAUUGUAAAUGUUUAUGUAAUUUUGAAUUAUUAUUAAUCCAAUUACAAGCCGGUUACUUUCUUUUUUACUGUAACUUGCGUUAGAAUAGUGUAUUUCUGUGUAGUUUACAUGAAUGUUCAGAUAAGUUUAUGAAAAUAGAGAGGUGAACACAUGUCAGAUAUCAUAACAUUUAUUGAAGUUUAUUAGCCUUUAGCUUUUUAAAAAUAUUACUAUUUCAGAUUGUAGUAUUUAUGAAGCACAUGUUGACUUUGACCUACUGUACUUUUACAUUUAGAAAAGCAAGAUGGGAAUAGCUUAACAGCCUUUGUGAACCUUAUUCCAUGUCAAAUGUAAACCUACCAUGUUUGUUAACCAUAAACUAAGGAAUUGAAUUGUCUGUUUUCUUGCAAAACAUUAGAUAUGUUUGAUAGGGUCCAAUAGAAGUGCAUGUGCUGAAGAAAUUCAAUCAAACUUUUUUCGCUUUUUGGGAUCAUUAUAUUAGGACCCUGAUUACCUUCAUAUGACUCCCAAGAUGUCAUUUCAAUCUGUCCUUGGGUUUUAAUUGUUCAAACUGUUUUGCUUGAUUAUAAGCUUGACUACUCAUCAAAUAGUUGGAGCUAUAUAACUCACACAUUUGUUAGUGUCUGCAUAAUUCUUUGGUAAAGGUAAACUUGCAACGUCUCCAUAUCAGUGUUUCUUGUUAAGAUAUUCAAAUGAAACUUUAAAAAAAGUGUUUGGGGUCAUUGCGUGAGUUUACUGACAUUGUUCCUUUACUCAGACCUACAAUUUGGCAUAAGUAAGCCCCUUUUUGUACAUAUAAAUUUGGUUUAGAUAAAGUGCAGCGUCUCAAUAUCGCAGUUUCUACUACUCGUAUUAAAGGCUCUAUAAAGGUGACAAAUCCAAUUAUUAUGCAUAUAAACUGGUCUUAUUUUUAUCGGAUUUCAGUUACUCUUGCAUAAAAAAUGCUAAUAACACAGCUAAGGUGCAACGUUGUCAAGAAGUAUGGAUGAUAUACCCGUUUCAUAAUUGGACGAAAUGUUUUCAAUUUGUGAUGUGUAGCCCCAAAGCGGUGACGUAUGCUAAAAAUAGCCGAAAGAACAUUCAAUUUUAUUUUUUUUUAAACAACUUUUUACCAGCAGCAAGUAAAUAAUUAUAUCACUAUAAACGUUUUGACCAUUUAGAAGAGACCUACUUUAUGAGUGAUACCGGAAAAACGUUGAAAAUCAACGAUAUAUUUUUUGGUGACCUGAGUCACUUUCACUUUCCAGAAUAAACAGCAAUGUAAAUAAACUGAUUGUUUGUAAACAUGCUUGACUUGGAGGACACUGUAUUUUGAGCGAAAAAGAACUUGUAUUGCUCAUAUUUUUAUGUUAAUGUCCAAUAGCAUAUAUAUAUUGUUUUUUGAUUACCUUUAUGCAUAAAAUACGGAACAAAUAUUUAAAAAUCGGUAAAUAAUUACGGAUCUUCACCUUUAUAGAGCCUUUAAACUGAAUUUUCCCACAUGUGUUUGGGGUCAUUAUGUAAUGUCACAAAUUUAUCAAGUUCUAUAACUCUGACCUGCUAUUGGCAUUAUUUUGUCCUGUUUUAACUUACAAAUUUUGCGGAUGUAUUGACCAAGACUUUUAAUUUUGACAUCAAGCAGGAAUAUGCUCUCUUUUUGUACACUCAGACAAGUCAGUUUGGGGUUUGUGUGCACUUUUAAAUUUAGGUUAAAGUUUGAAUGCAAGAGGUUCAUUUUUUUACCACAGAUUUUUCAACAACAAAAGGUCCUUUUAAGCCAAUUAGAACCGGUUAAGAGAUACUUAAGUGAGAUGGUUUGAUAGUUUAAGUUACUGACAUAAAAUCAUGUGUUAAAAUUGAUUUCUUUAAUAAAAAAUGAAAAUCUAAAUCAUGGAAAUAUACUGUUACUUUAAUGGUUCCUUAAAAAGUUGUACUUCCAAAGUGGAGACAGAUGAAUGUUUUUUUUAUAAUUAUCAUGUUAUUUUAUAUAAAAUUAUGUUAGAAGUGUUAGCUUUGAAAACUGAAAUGAAUAUUUUUGUAAUUUAAGGGGCUUGUUCACAGAUUUGUGCAUUUUUGAAGUGUGUCAGUGAAUGUCUUCAAUUGCUAGAUUUAAAUCAUGGAAUUGUAGAGCUCAAUUAAAAUGGCAAGAGUAGAAUUUAAGAAUAAAAACAACAACAGUUUGUCUCAAGCAGGUGCGAAAGCAGUGUCCUUUGGAUUAAAAGGCGUAUUCCUUAACUAUUCAGCAAUCUAGAAUGUGAAAUACACACAAUCAUUUAAAUAUGAAAUCAGUGAUCAAGUUGUUGUAACACAAUUUAAUGACAAACAAACAAACUACAUGUAUAAUCAUUCCAUAUUAUUCAAUAGUUUCGCAUGUUUAACGCUUCAUAAGCUUAAUAAUUUGAUCAAUUUUGAAUGAUAUUAAUUCAUAAUUUUAUUUUACUUCUGAUUCAUGGGGUUCUUCAUUUUUUUAUCUUUCUCUGACAAGUUUGAGAAUUGUCAUGUGAACAAAGUGUGAACAUGUCCCUUUAAAUUAUAAGUAUUCAACUUUUAAUAUUGUAAAUAUUUUUGGCUCACCUGAGCACAAUGUGCUAAUGGUGUGCUUUUGUGAGUGCCUUUGCCCGUCGUGCGGCGUUAAAAUUUGCCUUGUUAACACUAUGGGCCACAUUUUUGUCAGAUCUUCAUGAAAUUCUGUCAGAAGAUGUGUCCCAAUGAUAUCUUGAAAGAGUUUAAAAUGAUUCCGGUUGCUUGAAAAACAUGGCUUCCAGGAGGCAUUAUAUGGAUAUAGUAAAAACACUCUAGAGGCCACAUUUUUUGUCAGAUCUUCAUGAAAUUUGGUCAGAAAUGUGUGCCAAUGAUAUCUUGGAUGAGGUCGAAAAUGGUUCUGGUUGGUUGAAAAACAUGGGCAUUUUUCCACAUUUAUUGUCCGAUCAUCAUGAAACUUGGUAAGAAGAUUUUUUCCAAUGAUAUCUUGAAUUAGUUAUAAAAUGGUUUUAGUGCUUGAAAAACAUGGCCACCAAGGGUCAAAGCAUUUUUAGCUCGACUAUUAUAUAUGAAAUAUAUAUAGUGGAGCUAUCCUACUCAACCCGGCGUUGGCGUUGCCAUUCCCGUUGGCGUUGGCGUUUGCAUGCAAAUGUUAAAGUUUGCGUACUACCCCAAAUAUUUUCAAUGUCCUUUGACAUACUGCUUUCAUAUUUUGCAUACUUGUUUACCAACAUGACCCCAACCUAUAAUCAAGAGCAGACAACUCUAUGAAGCAUUUUGUAAUAAUUAUGGCCCCUUUUCUACUUAGAAUAUGCAGCAAUUGUUAAAGUUUGCGUACUACCCCAAAUAUUUCCAAUGUCCCUUGACAUAUUGCUUUGAUAUUUUGCAUACUUGUUUACCAUCAUGACCCUAAACUAUAAACAAGAGCAGACAACUGUAUCAAGCAUUUUGACAGAAUUAUGGCUCCUUUUAUACUUUGAAUAUGCAUAUUAUUGAUAAAUCUAUGUUAAAGUUUGCGUACUUCCCCAAAUAUUUCCUGUGUCCCUUGCCAUAUUGCUUUCAUAUUUUGCAUACUUGUUUACCAACAUGACCCCAACCUAUAAACAAGAGCAGACAACUGUAUCAAGCAUUUUAACAGAAUUAUGGCCCCUUUUAUACUUAGAAUAUGCAUAUUAUUGAUAAAUCUAUGUUAAAGUUUAACAAAACAACACUUACCUGACAUACCACAAUGCACUCUACCCAAACCAUCCCCCACGCCCCCCCCCCCCCCCAAAUCCCCCCCCCCCCCCACCAUGAUGGCUUACUGGCUUGCGUUAUACUGUCAAGCACUGGAAUAGUCAAGCGCGCUGUCCUCUGACAGCUCUUGUUCCUUAUAUGGUCAUAUAUGGCUAUAGUGAAACCGUAAUUACCACUCUAUAGUCACCAUUUCUUGUCCGAUCUUCAUUAAACUUGGUCAGAAGAUUGGUCCAAAUCAUAACUUGGACAAUUUCGAAAAUGGUUCUGGUUGGCUGAAAGUAACAUUUAUUGUCCAAUCAUCAUGAAACUUGGUCAGAACAUUUGUUUUAAUGCUAUCUUGGAUGAAUUCGAAAGAAAUCCCGUCUGUUGAAAAACAUGGCCUGCAGGGGUAGUGGAAGUUAUCCUUAUAUGGCUAUAGUAAAACCUUGUAAGCACUCUAAAAGUUACAUUUAUGGCUCACUUCAUAAAACUUGGUGAGAACAUUUGUUCUAAUGAUAUCUUCUGAACAGAACAGGUAACUUCCUUUGUAUCUCAGGGGAGCAACUUUGGGCCUUUCAGGCCCUGUUGUUUAUAUUUUUGCAUGAACAAAUCAGAAGUAGUUAGCAGUAAGUUAAUCAAAUGAUAAUCCUGUUUCUUCGUAACCCUAAAUAGCCUUCUUUGUCUUGAAGUAAAAUCCCAUAAACCCAUCCUAGCAUCAUUUCAAAAUACCAUAAUGUAAGAAUGGGCUAGCAUGUUAAAUAUACCCUGCUGGUCCAUGAGUGUUUGGUUUUCCAAAUAAAAUGUUCUAAUGGCUUGGUUGUUGUUUAAAAUAACAGAAUGUUUGUUGGGUAUAAUAACAUAAAUAUCAUAUUCAUGUUUAAGGGGAUAGUAAAUGUUACCACCCUUCUCAAAGAGUAAUGUCCUGGACGAAUUGUCUGUCCAGGAGGUGCAAUAUUUUCUGAAUGCAUCGACAUCCUAUUAUCUGUAUUCAUUUUAUGAACUAUGGUCCCUUCUCUUACAAAAUAUAGUUACAAGUAUCAAUAAUGAUUUGUUUAAUUGUUGUGCAAUAAAUCUGAAAAUGAUUGAA